AUGCUUAAGCUUGUCGGAUGGUUGCUGCUCCUAACACUGACUACCACUAGCGUGAGUUGUCACCGAACAGUUGACACCAACUACCUGCUCAACGCACUUUUCGACAUAAGCAGAGAGGAUAGCGAAUACAUGGAUAAUCUCACACAGCAGUUUAUCUCCGCUAGCGGAGAAAUUGACAAGAAAUAG